UUCACCACACGUCGAGCAACCAACCAAACCUCUAUAUUCCUCAUGCCAUAUUAUCGAACCGCAUAAUUUGAGACAUAGAAAUAUUCGCAACUGUCACGAUGCCGCCGAAGCGACAGGCUUCGGGCACAGCCCGCACAGCGAAGCAAUCGACACUAGCGUUCCAUGGGUCGUCGAACAAGGUCACAAAAUCCGGGGCACGAGCACAGACUGCUAAGAAGAACUUGUCCGAUGUAAAGAAGAGCGCUGUUGAGCAGGAGGCCGAGAGGGGUGACGUCCUCAAGUCGCCUCAUUUCGAACCGACUGUCGUGGAGAAACCGGCGAAGUCGGCUGUGAAGGAGCAGCCAGCGAGCACACCGGAGGAGAUUGAGGCGCGGAAGAUAACCGAGAAGAGGAUCAAACAAUACUGGGCGGAGAAGGAGAAGAGUCGCAGGGCAGCGCGGGUGCAUCAGGACGACCUGAGCGUGCAUGAGAAGAUAUUGCGGGAGUUUGACAUGAGCUCCCACUACGGGCCAUGCGUCGGCAUCUCGCGAUUGAGACGUUGGCAACGUGCGCAUCGACUGAAGCUGAAUCCGCCCAUUGAGGUGCUCGCAGUGCUGCUGAAGGAGCAGGAGGGCGGGGACGCGAACAUGGUCCAGCGAUCACGGAUGGACGAGCUACUCAACAGCAAUGGCUUGGAGCUGGAGAUGGGGGUUGUGUGAGGAGAAGUGAUGACUGCUGGAUGGUGGCGAAACAAGCAGGCUCACGCAAGCACAGGAGUUUGGCGUCGGCGAAUCAUUGAGGGCUUUGACUUUCCAUCUUUUUCCCGGUUCUCGGUUUCCCGGCGAUUAACGCAGCACAGAAGCGCAAGGCGAGACGGUCAUUGCGCAGGCCACUUGCAAGAUUCGCAAUGUCUACAGUCACUUCUCGUUGUGGCCUCUACCACGGUCAAUUGCAGCGAGGAUCCUUUUAUCCCUUCUCUCUUUUUCCCUUUUCUUCAUGGUGUACUCAUCAUGGUCAGGAAUCCGCC